GAAAUAGAUUGCCCCAAGAAAUCAUUUCUUUUUGUUCACUCUCCUCGCCUUCUUCCCCACGCGGACGCGACGCGGCGCACGCUCUCAAAACUCUCUCUCUCUCUCUCUCUCUCUCAGCGCACUCGUAAAGCUGAAACGGGGGCCAUGGACUGCUGCUUCUCCUGCCUGGGUGAGAAGAAGAAGAAGAAGAAGAAGAAGAAGAAGCCACAGAUGGUGAAGCCGCCGUUGGAGAAGCCUCAGAUCCCUCCUGCCGCUGAGAAAGCAAAACCGGGGGGCUCGUCGUCAUCGAGGCAGGAAUCACUAGAGCCGAAGGAAGAGAUGGUCUUGAGCAAUGGAGCCGCGCAGAUCUUCACCUUUAGGGAGCUUGCGGCAGCCACAAACAACUUCAGUGCCGAUUGCCUUCUAGGGGAGGGUGGCUUUGGCCGUGUGUACAAGGGCUACCUGGAUAGUGUCAGCCAAGUUGUUGCUAUAAAGCAGCUUGAUCGUAAUGGAUUGCAAGGUAACAGGGAGUUUCUUGUCGAAGUUCUGAUGCUGAGCUUGCUGCACCACCCAAAUCUAGUCAACCUUAUUGGCUAUUGUGCUGAUGGUGAUCAGAGGCUUUUGGUGUAUGAGUAUAUGCCAUUAGGUUCUUUGGAAGAUCACCUUCACGAUCCUUCCCCAGAUAAAACCCGUCUUGACUGGAAUACAAGGAUGACGAUAGCUGCUGGUGCAGCUAAAGGAUUGGAACAUUUGCAUGACAAAACCAAUCCUCCUGUCAUAUACCGUGACUUGAAAUGUUCAAACAUCUUACUUGGAGAGGGGUAUCACCCAAAGCUGUCUGACUUUGGGUUGGCAAAGCUUGGCCCUGUUGGUGAUAAAACCCAUGUUUCCACUAGAGUGAUGGGUACAUACGGUUAUUGCGCACCUGAGUAUGCUAUGACUGGACAGUUGACUCUAAAGUCAGAUGUUUAUAGCUAUGGUGUUGUUUUGUUGGAAAUCAUCACAGGACGAAGAGCUAUCGACGUCACCCGAGCUGCAGGGGAGCAAAAUCUUGUUGCAUGGGCCCGACCAUUGUUUAAAGACAGGAGGAAGUUCCCGCAGAUGGCAGACCCAGCACUCAAGGGCCAGUACCCGUCAAGGGGGUUGUACCAGGCCCUGGCUGUUGCUGCAAUGUGCGUCCAAGAACAGCCGACUAUGAGACCGGUAAUUGGCGAUGUUGUUACUGCUCUGAGUUACCUUGCCUCCCAGACUUAUGAUCCGGAAGUGCAUGGCAUUCAUCGCACCUCGCUUUUGAUUGCUCCCAGCACACCACCCCGAGCUAGGAACCGUGGUGUGGAUCAGAGAGAAAACAGGUGAGGUGGUGCCAUAUAUAAAAAGCAACGUGGGAAAGUUCUGAAUUUUGUCUCUGCGGGAGCCAGCAGUCCGGAUGGAGUUUUGAGAAAGAGAAAUUUUGUGGAUAGCAAGGCGGUUGCAUCGACAUAUUAGAGAAAUGAUUAAUUGGUCAUGUGUGCUGAUCAAUCUUGGGAUGUUUCUGUAAUCAGUCAUGUUGGUAUCUAUCUUAGAUGAGUCGGUGUAAUGCUACAGCCUACAGAUGCUGUCUGUUUGACUGUUUUGUCAUUAGCCUUCAGCAUCUUUCCUUUUCUUUUUCUUUCGACGAUAGGUAAAUGAGCAGAUAUGAAAAGCAACCUAGAUAAGCACAAAUACUGCAAUGCAAUAGAAUUUGGUUAUGA